AUUUUAAAUUAUGUAGUUUUUGAUCUACGUUAUUUGUGGACUCAAUGACUAUUUUUAACCGUCACAAAUAUUAAUAUUUGAAAUCGCUUAAACGUGACAGUUAAUGAAAAGUCGAAUUUCUAUUAUUAUAUUAAUUUAAUAAUAUGUCUAACAUAAACGAUGACCCACGAGAAGUUCUCACGAUACUUAAUUCAUUGGGAUUUAUUGGUAUUACUGCACCACAACUUAAAGCUUUUAUGAAAGAUUUGAAGAUAUACAAGAAGAUAAAGGAACAUGAAAAAGAACAACAUAAAGAAGAAAUAAGAAAGAAAAUAUUAAAAAAACAGCAACAAAUGAUUCAUGAAAUUCUUAGCGAACAAUCGAAAGAAUUAAACGGUGUUACUAGCAAUAAUUCAACUUCUUCCAAUUUUGAAAACGAGUCUUUGGUAAAAAUAAAAAUCAAACGUAUUCCAGAAGAUAAAGAAAAUCAAGCAGAAAAAUAUUUGGAAGAAGAAUUUGUUACGCCAUUUAAAAGGCAAUCGAAUCCGGUUAAAAGUAAACAUAGAUAUAUCAAGUAUAAAGCAAACCUUAUUGAGGAUUCUCGAUCAAAUAAGAAAGACUAUAAUUCCAUAAAUUAUAAAUCUCGGUCGAGUGUUCAACAACAAUCCAAAAAUGAUACUCAAUCUUCGGUUACUUCUUAUUCCAUGCAGAAUGUUUAUAAUGCGAACUAUGAUAGUAAUAAAUAUAAUACGAUUUCUCAAGAACAACCAGUACAUUCCAAGCUGGUAUUGCCAGAUUGCAACAAAUUGAUUGGUGCACCAAAUAUUGUAGAGAAUAACUAUAAAUCAAGAUCCAAAAGUAUAUCCUCCAAUCAUUCUGUCACUGUUCGAUCGCAAAGUCUUCCACGUACUAAGAGUUCAAGCUGUUCAAUGCAUAAAUCAUUUAUUAGACCAUGGCGAUUACAUCCAGAUGUUCAAAAAAGUACAAAUAAGAAAUGCGAUCCAGUUGCUCUUUAUCAAAAAUAUCAGGAAGAAUGGAAGCAGAUAGCAUUUCCUGGAGAAGCGAAACACACGACUGUAAGGUGGGCUAUACGUGAAAGAAUGCUUGGCAUUGAUCCUCACCCUCCGCCUUUGCCAAGGAAAUCUGCGAGUGUACCUAUAUUGAGGAAAAAAUGACAUUGGAUGUUAUGAUAUAGAUAGUACAUAUAUAUGAAAAAUAUUCAAGUUUACCUGGUACAAUUGUUAUUAAUUACAUUAUAGUUUUAUAUUGAGAUAUUUCUAACGGAUUAUGGAACAUUUUUAUUGUAUGGGCCACAUGUUAAAAUAUUUAUAAGUUGAACGUACCGCUGUCGUUUAAAAAAUGAACUUUAAAUAUCCUACAACUAUUAUUUUAUUGUGUACUAGAUUGUGCAUUUAAAAUUAACAAAAUAUUAUCCUUAGAUUAUAAAAACAUUAAUUCAGGUACCAGGUAACAAUUUUUAUAAACCAUUAAUAAGCAAAUCUAAUUAUAAUCAGUAAAAUAUUCAUUAUCUAGAAUUAUUAUGGGAGAAAAAAUAUUCGUAUGAUACUUAUUAGUUAAGAGAUUUAUUUUUUUAAUUCAAAAAAAUAUGACAAAGAUGCUACACACACUAAAUAAAAAUAAUCUAUGUAAGUGUUGAUUAAGCGAUGUAAUAAGCCAUUUACUGUUGACUUAAUUUGAAUUUCCCUAACAACUUUUUGCUGUCUGAUCUAUUCAAAUGAAAUAAUAGUUUUUCUUCUAUCAAUCGUGCCGCUCUGUGUGUUAAUAUCAAUGUAUUAUGUUUUAGCAUACUGUACACAUUCAAACCUAAAAAUAUAAAAUUUUAUUAAAUACAA